CCUCCCUGACCCGGGUGAGGCCGCAGCGGACUGCCCUUUCCCAAGAUGGCAUCGAAGAUAGGUUCGAGACGAUGGAUGCUGCAGCUGAUCAUGCAGUUGGGUUCGGUGCUGCUUACACGCUGCCCCUUUUGGGGCUGCUUCAGCCAGCUCAUGCUGUACGCUGAAAGGGCCGAGGCGCGCCGGAAGCCCGACAUCCCAGUGCCCUACCUGUACUUCGACAUGGGGGCAGCCGUGCUGUGUGCUAGCUUCAUGUCCUUCGGAGUGAAGCGGCGCUGGUUCGCGCUGGGGGCAGCACUCCAGCUGGCUAUUAGCACCUACGCUGCCUACAUCGGGGGCUACGUCCACUACGGGGACUGGCUGAAGGUCCGUAUGUACUCACGUACAGUUGCCAUUAUCGGUGGCUUUCUGGUGCUGGCCAGUGGUGCUGGGGAGCUAUACCGUCGGAAACCCCGCAGCCGCUCUCUACAGUCUACCGGCCAGGUGUUCCUGGGCAUCUACCUCAUCUGCGUGAUGGGCAUGCCAGCCUGUUGGAGAGUCUUAGAGGAUGGUGUGUCUCCAGGCCUACUCACUGCAGCACAGCAAGGAGGACCGACUGGCAUAUCUGAACCACCUCCCAGGAGGGGAGCUGAUGAUCCAGCUGUUCUUCGUGUUGUAUGGCAUCCUGGCCCUGGCCUUCUUGUCAGGCUACUACGUGACCCUGGCUGCUCAGAUCCUGGCUGUCCUGCUGCCCCCAGUCAUGCUGCUUAUUGAUGGCAACGUUGCCUACUGGCACAACAUGCGACGUGUUGAGUUCUGGAACCAGAUGAAGCUCCUUGGCGAGAGUGUGGGCAUCUUUGGGGCUGCUGUUAUUCUGGCUACUGAUGGCUGAGUUUUUACAGCCAGAGGCUGAGAUGGGCACAGGGAGCUUCCACUUCACUGGCCCAGUUGCUGUUUAUUUAUGCUUCUUGGUCUGUUUGAUUCUUUGCUCUUUUUAAAUUUUUUUUUGCAUAGUUAAGAGGCGGGUCUCUUCUUCAAUUCCUGGCUUGCCCUUGGGAAGGUGGGAACCCUGAACCUAAUGCCUCACAGAUUGUUUUUUCCUGUUUGAUGAGAAGAGAGCUGAGGCCAGCUGCUUCCUGGGUCCCCAGGAAGGAGAGAGUUCCCGAGAAGGGAGUGAGGCAGGGGUAGGGUGCAGCUGCUGAAAGUGGGAGACUGGGAAGUGCACGAAUGGGAAAAUUUUCCUUUUUGAAACUGGCAGAUGCAGCUAAGCUCUGUGGUGCUUUUCAGAGACUGUGUGUGUUGACACAUAUGAUUCAGACCCUGGACGAGCAGAACAGUUUGCACAGAAAUCACACAGUUCUUAGGGUGUGCUGCGGGGCAGAAACAGUACCAGCUCUUGGUCACCUACCUUGAGAACUUCUGGGUUUUGCAGGGGUGGAGCAGGCAGCAACCAGCUUCCCACCCCUGCUAUCUCUGUUUCCAGCUGUAUGGUUGGCCUGGUGGGAGUAGAGUGCCCUCCCAAACACCAGACCACACAGUCCUCCAAAAAUAAACACUUUAUAUAGACAUUUGGCUUCACGUU